AUGAGGCUGAUUCCAGCUGGCUGGUGGCCGGUGAUGGCCACGGUGGUGCCACGCGUCCAUGGAGGGGCACAGCUCCUCCCGCGAUGCAUUGGGGCGGCGAGGCCACGGCAGCAGCCUAUGCGGCCAUGGAGAACCCGCGACCUAGGCGGCCGGAUGCGGUGGCGUUUGAUGGUGCUGCUGCUCAAGGUGCACCGCGCCGCGGGGAAGCUCAUGGGCGCCGCCUCCGCUGCGCUGUCCGUCGCCGCCGCCGCGCGGAGGUGGGUGGCGGCGGGGCGAACCGACACCGACGCAGGCGCCGCGUCGCACGAGGAGAGCCCCGCUGUGUGCACUAGGUUCUACGGCUUCCUCUGCACCUCCCUCGUGCUCUCCAUGCUCCUCCUCGCCGCCGACGUCGCCGCGCACCUCCAGGGCUGGCACCUCGCCGUCAACGUCCCUGACUUGCUCGCUGUCAAGGGCCUCUUCUCCGCCGGGUACGCGCCCUGGGUGCGCAUACGCCUCGAGUACCUCGUAGCGGCUGGAUGUGCGCGCCGGCCACACCUGGCGACCACGCCCAGAGGCCGAAGGACGCAAGGAGCGACGGUGUGGCCGACGGUGUGGCGGGCGCGGUGGCGUGGGGGAGGAGGAGGUCCGGGGCGGCGCGGAGGAGGAGGUGGUGUGGGAGGAAGGCGUUGCCAGCGCGCGAGGCCUCCUACCGGCUGCCUCGAUUGCUCCGGGGGCGAUGGCCGACGGGAUGGGGAGGGAGGCCGCGACUGCUGUAGUGGCGGUGGAGCUAGAGGAUUCGACCAAGCGGAAGUCGUGCAGACCACAGAAAACGCAAAGGCAAACGCGCACGCACAUGCAGCCGCGCGGACACCGGACCAAGAUGAAGAACAGAGCCCCCACCCCACCACCACGCGGUUGUGA